GACUGGCUACUGACUAUUCCACCCACUUAGACCAAUUCAGUCGAGAAAAGCCACUGUCUGUCUGUCUGUCUAAGUUGCCGCACUCCCACGACCCAUGCGACCGUGCUUAUUAUAGUCUCUCUCUGUGCCCAGCUUGCCAAGUGACAGACCAGCCAACCCACCUUCGGCACCUCUAGGCUACUUAUCAUCCCACCGCGCGAUCUCGAUAGCUCCGGACUUCCCUGGAGUGCCUACAACCAAGCCCGGAGCCAUGCCCAGCACCAGCCCGUCCCGAUGAGCGCAUCGUCAGAGGAGAGGGAAGAUGCUGCUGGGGAGGACAUGACAAAUAUCGCCGACCCUCCUGCAGCAGUCCAGGAUGCUGGAGACGAGCAGCAGCAGCAGCAGCAGCAGCAGCAACAGCAGCAGCAGGAGGAGGAGGCGCCAGCAGCAGACCACCCCGCCGACAACCACAACCACAACCACAUCAUCUCCGAUCUGCUGGAGGAGGAGCGACAGCAGGACUCGACCCUGCCGCCCUCCGAGGGCAACGGUCUCGCCCACAGGUACAAGGAGCUUGCUGCUGAGGACCAGCUGGACGCUGCCUCCGACAAUGGCUCCGUAGACGCGCUGCCCAGGAGAGCCGGAAGUCCCGCCGACUCCAUGCUCUCCAUCCCGGAUCGCUCUCCUUCAGUUCAGGGCUCUGGUAUUUCUUCCCCCAGUAGCAGCGUCCUCCCAUCGCUCGCCUCGAGACCACGCAUGGGCAGCCCGACCCCGUCCUUCCGACCAUUCGACCGCCGCUUCCAGUCGCGCAUCUCUACGCCGAGCAACCUGUCCCCAAGGCCAUCCUCUCCGGCUUUCCUGACAAGCCAUAGCAGGCAUGCCUCCGUCACUAGCCAGAUCCUCCUGGACACUGGUGACACCGACACCCCGUCGCCGCCAUGGGAGGUCGUCAGGUGGACCAAACUGAGGAAGCUGAACGGGUCGGCCUUCUCAGAAGUCGGGAAGAGGAACUUUGGAUCUCCGACAUGCAUUGCCGUCUCGACGCACAUAGUCCUCGGCACCUCCAAGGGCAUAAUAUUAAUGUUUGACUACAACCAAAAUCUCAAGAUGAUCAUCGGGCCCGGCACCAAGGCUGUCGAGUGCGGCGCCAUUGUCUCCAUCGCAAUAUCGGCUGAUCAUACUACUCUGGGCGGUGGGCAUGCUGACGGGAGCAUCUUCACCUGGGACACAACGCGUGCAUCUCGCCCGUUUCUCCAUAUCCCUCCCCUGGACGCCGCGCAGACGCAGAACCGCACGAUGGAUGGCCACAUGCCGGGCGUCGCCAUUACUCACCUGGGAUUCCUGGGUACGAGACAUACCGCCCUCGUGUCUGCUGAUGACAGGGGCAUGGCCUUCUCACAUCUUGCAACGCGAGGCACUGGGUCGUUCGGUCGCACAGUCAAGACUACUAGGAUAUUAGGACGGUAUCCGGACUCCAAGCCUCUCGCAUCCGGCAAGACUCUGAAGCCUAGUACGGUUCUGGCAUUUGCGCCUUUGCCUCUUGGGACUAUCGAGCGUGCCACAGAUGCUAUGGGCCUGACUGCAAUGCUGACCCCUUAUCUCCUGGUCAUCGUGUCUACCACGCCCAUCGCACAGACACAGCACAAGUCGGCGAGGCCUAAGGAGGUUGCCGCUCACAGUGCUAUGACCGGGUGCCUCUCGUGGUUCCCCGCUGUCAAGCUCAAGGUCGCGGAUCCGGCAACCGGCAGCCAGACCGCCAAGGCAAAGCUCGUGUACUGCUGGUCUAAUGUACUGACCGUCUUGGACGUCGAUGAGAUACCCGCAGAAGACAAGGACAAACCGCCAAGUCUCAAAUUCAAGGCAAGGAGCCGAUGGAAAUGUGAAGAGGCGGUUGUGGCCGUGCAAUGGCUGAGCCGGUCCGUCCUGACAGUCCUCACCAUCAGCCAGAGGUUGAUCGUCCUAGAGGACCGCAGCAUGCGAAUGACCGAGGCUUUCGACCUCAUAGGGCGACACAUAUACCAUUUCGACCUUUUUUCAAAACAGCUGCACACCUUGGUCGAGCAGCUUGACGAGGAAGACACCUCCAUGCACGGCGUGGUUGCCGACGCCUUCUACAUGAGCUUCAAGGCGUACAAAAACCGGAUUUUCCUCAUGGGCUUCAACGAUGUCUCAAUCGGGGCCCUGUCAAACUGGGCAGAUCGUCUCAUUGCGCUGAUGGAGAAUGGCGACUACGUUGGCGCUAUUAAGCUGGCCACGCUGUACUACACCGGAGAUGCAGACAAGCUCACUGUGGGAUUGCCAGAAAACACCGAGGUGCGGCACACCAUGGUCAAAGACAAGCUCCUGGAGCUUAUGAGCGCGUCCUUGAAGUAUGCCUUUGGCCAGCGACAGAGGGACCCUGAAGCUGUAGACGACAGCCAGCUGCAAGAGCUGAGCGAGACCUGCUUUACAGCUUGCCAGAGCAUCGACAACAUAGAUUUCCUAUUUGACGAGAUGUACGAGUGGUUCGAGGAUGCCGGCGUGCAAGGCAUUUUUCUCGAAACGAUGGAAUCGUACAUUUUGGAGAGGACUAUCUCAUCGGUCCCGCCCACUGUUGUCAAAGGCAUGGUCGCCCACUUUGUUGGCAAGGGACUCGAGAGUCGGCUCGAGGAGAUGAUUUGCCAUAUGGAAACAGCAACCAUGGACCUGGACCAGGUCACGGGCCUGUGCAAGCAGCACGGCCUUUAUGAUGCUCUGAUUUAUGUCUGGAAUCAGGCGCUCGACGACUACAUCACGCCGCUCAUUGACUUGCUGACGCUUUUGAUACCCUUGAUGCGCGGGGCGGACGACGAGCCCUCAGGAAACAUCUUGGACGAGGAAGCCUCCAGCGUCAACGCCCUGAAGAUAUUCCCAUACCUUUCCUACAUUCUGACCAGUCGGGUUUAUCCAACGGGCGAGGCGAUCGAACAUGCACGAUCCAUGAAGGCGAAAGCAGAACUUUAUUGGUUUCUCUUCUCUGGAAAGAGCAUAACUUGGCCCAAGGGAAGCAACAAGCGUUUCCUCACCCGAUCCAACCAGACCGACGAGCCAUCAUUUCCAUAUCUGAGGAUGAUCCUGAAAUUCGAUGCGCCAAGCUUUCUGAGCUCACUGAACGAGGCAUUCGAGGACUCCUUUUUGAACGACUCCCCAGAGAAGCAGGUGAACGGAGGGGCCAGGGGAGAUCUGCCGGAAGAACAAAUAUUUGGCCUCACAGUUGACCGCCAGUAUAUUGUUUCUAUCCUGAUCGAGAUCAUGAACCCGACCGAUUUCGCAGCUGAGGACACCAUUUACCUGGACAUGUUCAUCGCAAGGAAUCUGCCCAAAUAUCCACAGUACCUACUACUACCAGGGUCAGCCCUGACCAAGGUGUUGACUGGGCUUUGCAAUUCCCCAGGGGCGGAUCUCGCAGACGAUGCUCAACUGAGUGCUGAAUAUCUGCUGUCCGUAUACAACCCAUCCGACCUGCCCACGCUCAUGCCGCUGUUCAAGAAAGCCGGCUUCUACCGAAUUUUGAAACGACAGUACAGACUCGACAAGCAAUACGGUAAGCUGUUGCAGACGUACUUUGAGGACCCAGAUGACAAAGAUGCGACAUUCGACUGUAUCGCGAACUGUCUUCGUCAGCAGACGGGGCUUUCCAAGCGUCAGAUUGGAGAAGUGCACCAGGUUAUCAGGGAUAAUUCAAGAGACUUGGUGCAGCUCGACCCUUCACGGGCAGCGAAGGUGGUGGAACUAUACGCACCGGAGCUCCAUCGCCACAUCCUGGAAUCCAGCAACGACGAGCCAGAGUUGCAGUACAGCUACCUCAAGGCCAUCCUGGAGCCUGCGGUCGAACGCACGGAGGACUUCAAACCGUCGGCCGAAAGAGAUUUGAUCGAGCAGUAUGUCCAACUCAUGUGCAGAUAUGAGCCCACCCAUGUCUCAGACUAUGUGGGGAUCGUGCAGUCGACCAAUCUGCGGCUAGACAAGCUGUUACCUACCAUGGAGGAGACCGGCGUCAUUGACGCAGCGGUUGUGCUGAUGGCGCGCGAGGGUCAAGUACACGAGGCCAUGGAGAGGCUUGUCAAGCAGUUGAACACGCUCGAGUCUGCUCUGCAGGGUCUUGUUACUGGGAGUAAGGAGGACGACGCCUAUACAGACAUCCAUGCCCCUACUGCAGAUCUUCUGAAAGGCCUGCAAAAGUACACGCAUGUGGGGAUCUGGCUCUGCCAAGGGCAGACCAAGACGGCAAAGAGAUUGACGGCUGGGCAACGCAAGAAAAAGUCCAUGUCUACAGAUGAUCUGUCACCCGAUGAGACAUUGUGGCUCAGCCUCAUUGACGCAACAGUCCAAAUCACGCGCCGACUAUCAAGCUCGAUCCAAAACAUUGCCAAUCAAGCGGCCCCGAAUGCCGAAGAGGGCAAGCAGGUCAACGCGAUCGACACACACCAACAAGAAAUCGACACGGAGCGGUUAGUAGGCCUCCUCCGCUCCCUCGUCCAGCACACCUUCACAGCCCUGCUCGCCGCCACGUCCACGCCCUCGACGCAGCAGCAGCAGCAGCAGCAGCAGGGCGGCGGCCCCACCCGCGUCCUGUCCACCACGGCGUCCGCGGUCGGCGACAACCUCGCCUUCCUCCGCAUCCUGCGCGCCUUCCUCGCCAGGGCCGCGGCCUCGUCCCCGACGCUCGCGGACCUGCGGGCCGUCCUGCAGUCCAUCUUCGCGGCGUACGCGUACGAGGAGUCGAUCCUGCGCCUGUCGAACCGGCUCCUCGAGCGCAGCCUCUUCGUGGGCGUGCGCCGGGCGGCGGGGCUCCGGCAGCGCGGGUGGCGGCCGCGCGGCUCCACGUGCGAGGCCUGCGGCGUGCGGCUCUGGGGGCCGGGCGCCAUCUCGUCUGGGAUCAUCGACGCGUGGGAGGAGAGGGCCGCCGCUGAGGAGGGGAGGCGGCGCGCCCGGCUCGCCGGCCCUGGCGGCGGGCGGACCGCCGAGCGCGGCAAGGGGAGGGAGGAGGUCGGGCGCGAGGGGAUGGUGGUGCUCGAUCAUCACCUUGGCGGGGCGAGGGCUUCGGGGGUUGACGGGGGUGGUGGUGGCGGCGGGGGCAAGGGGGGCAAGGACUCGUCUGUGCCCAUGACGCCUGAGUCGUUUGAGGCGCGGACGCCGCACCGUCGGGGCGGCGAGGGGUCGGCGCCCGAGGAGGAGGAUGAUGACGAGCAGCAGCAGCAGGAGGAGGGUGGUGCAGAGCAGCAGCAGCAGCAGUCGCCGCAGGCCGGGGGGUCAGCCGCCCAGCAGCAGCAGCAGCUGGGGUGCCGGCCGCUGGUCGUGCUGGCGUGCCGGCACAUCUACCACCAGAGCUGCCUCGAGGCGCUGCAGCCGCGGGAUGAGGCCACGGGGGCGAGGAGGCAUGUUGAUGAGUAUGGGCGGGAGAGGGAGUACCGGUGUCCUAUUGAUGGGUAGGUAGAUUUAGUGAGUAAGUAGAGAAAAGAGAGGGGCUGGCUGCUGAGAAAUGCAUUUGUUGUUUCUAUCUA